UCAGUUGUGCGUGCACCGCUGGAGUGAGACGCCGUUCCCCUUCUCGCUCUACCAUCCUGGAUGAGGAUGCCACGCCGGGGUUCACCGUGACCACGCUUCGCAUCGAGGGCCAUCGUGCAACAUGUUCUUUGAGGAUAUUCCGACCGGCUAACAUUGCGCUUGCAGUGCCCCCGUCAUCUCCGUGCUUCUGUCGUCUGCGUUACGUGAAAUGCGACCUGCUCUCGUGAUCUGCUUCGUGGGUGUUCUGGGGGGUGUUGUUGGGACGUCGAACCACGUUACGACGACGAUGGUGACCACUGUGGCGAGGACACCUUCUCCGGAGCAGUUCUGUCUGAGUCUGGGAUGCUCGUGCUCGAUUGAGCACAGUAUCACCUGCCAUCCGGACGGAGCACGAAUCAGUUCGGUGCCCCAACUGCCUUCCGAGGAACGGGCGAAAAAGAUCACAGACAUAAGCAUUGAAAAACAACAAUCCUUCAAUGAACUCAACGAGACGCAGAUUAGGAGGUAUCCAAAGCUCAAAUCCUUGACAAUUCAUCACUGUAACCUCAGGUACAUCUCAGCGAGAGCGUUCGUCCAUAACACGGAGCUGAAGAAAAUUGAUCUCAGGGACAACAAAAUAGCAAUCAUACCAUGGACUGCCAUUGAAGGCCUUGGACCACUGGAACUUUUAAUCAGCGACAACGAGUUAGCUUGCAACUGCAGCUCCAAAUGGAUACAGCUGAAGAUUGCCAAGAACAGUAGCAUCUUUGGCCCCAAUGGACAUAAACUGCGGUGUCACGGAUCGGCGGCUCUUCUUGCAAACUACCCCAUAGAGAACUGCGGUGUUCCGCAAGUGGAAGUGUCCAACACGAGCCUAUCACUUUUCGAGAACGAUUCCGUAACCGUGGAAUGCCAUGGAUGGGGCCAACCGCCACCGGUUGUGCACUGGAACACCACUCGGCUAAAAGCACCUCAUAACGUCACUAUGUUGUCAGCGGUGGGCCAACCUACUGACAGCAAUGGAACCUUACAGACCGUUGUCACAGCCCGCCUCUUCAUCGAAAAGGGUUACGCCACCGUACACGGGCAUCUUCGUUGCUACGCUGAGAACACCGCUGGCAGGUCUAAAGGAGAAGUCAAUCUUACGGUGCACGCGCCUCCGAGAAUUAUUUCGAUGAACGAAGCCAAGUUGUACAACCACUUCAUCAAAUACGAAUGGGUCGCCUUCCCUCAGGGCAACCAUACCUGGCUCGUCAACGACCAGCCGCUUCCGAAAGACAGAUACAAUGACACAACUCCAACUACAAAGGGCACAUUUCAUGAAGGUUACUUGGUGUUUUUGAAUCUCAUACAUUCGAUGUCCGGCCUGUACACUCUGAUCGUGGAGAACGAGUACGGAGUUGCCAACAGGACGAUGGAAGUUACCGUCCCUGGAGUACCUCAAAACAGCAACAGUCCUCCUUUCCCGGUUCCGCCAGGAAAGUCACGUGUGCAAGAGCGUGAACUUCCCAUUGAAAGGGAGAAUCAUCAACUACCAGUGAUCCUGACCUGCAGUAUCCUAGUAGUUCUCGUCGCUGUCAUCAGCGUGGUGGUUGCCCUGCGGUGGUGUCAGUUCCGACAAGACUAUGGCACUGAGAACAGCGCCAGUUUUCCUGCCUGGCUUCUGGACUCGCUGAAGCCCGGUGGCAGAAGAUGCUUCGAUGGAAAACGGAUCGUGGUUCGGGAACGGAUUCCGCUUAACAUGAAUAAAAUGGUCGAGAACCCAAACUAUCCAAACUACUUUCAAGAUACUGUCAAGACUGGGAAAUCGACUGUACGUCAUAUAGCGCGGGAGAAAAUCAGCUUCAUUCAGACGCUAGGAGAAGGAGCCUUCGGUCGCGUCUUCUUGGGAACUGUGGACUACCUGACGCCAGACGAACCUACGACGCUGGUCGCCGUUAAGACGUUGAAGAACAUGAGUUCGGACGAAAAUCGCCUAGACUUCGACCACGAAGCGGAGCUCCUCACCAACCUGCAGCACCCAAACAUUGUCAAGUUCUACGGCAUCUCCACGGAUGGCGACCCGCUUAUGAUCCUCUUUGAAUACAUGGAGUACGGAGACCUGAAUAACUUCCUCAGGGACAGAGGGCCAGACCGCUGCGUAUUAGAUACCAGAAACAAACCAGCGCCACCUCUGAUCCUAGCGGACCUCCUCAAAAUCUCGACGCAGGUGGCAGCAGGCAUGGAAUACUUAGCUUCGCAGCAUUUCGUCCAUCGUGACCUCGCCACUCGCAACUGCCUAGUCGGUGACAUGCUGGUUGUCAAGAUCGGCGAUUUCGGCAUGUCGCGAGACAUCUAUAGUUCAGACUACUACAGGGUUGGGAGACACACAAUGCUUCCCAUUCGAUGGAUGCCUCCUGAAAGCAUCUUGUACAGAAAAUUUACGGUCGAGUCAGACGUCUGGAGCUUCGGAGUCGUCCUCUGGGAGAUCUUCGCUUUCGGAAAGCAGCCGUGGUACGAGCUUUCCAAUCACGAGGUUAUUCAGCAAGUAACCAGCGGCAAGCUACUCAGCAAGCCUGAGGAAUGUCCCGACGAGAUAUACCAGAUCAUGCUUACUUGUUGGGAUUCCCAGCCACAAGACAGAGCAACUAUCAGUGCAUUACGGUCACAGCUUGAACGCUACUGUAUGGUGGAGUCGGAGUAUAUGCCGAUUAUCGAGUGAGGUUCUGAAACGCACCGACCAGAUAGUGAUGAGUUGUGCUUACCAAAGAUAAACAUUUUGGACUCCUCCUGGAAAAGUCAUGCCAGAAGCGGAGCCAAGUCAAGCCAAAGUCUCUGAGGCAGGACAAUGUGGUUUUCAAUGGUGCUUUAUCUAUGUGUUCAUUGUACCGUCGCACAAAGACCUACUGUGAGUGCAGUCUGUUAGUGUAUCUCGCUGUGAACUAAUAUCGUUUCCAUGAACACUCUGUGCAAGGAGGAGUAAGUCAUGGAGUAAAGCCGUGACAGUACUGAACAAAACAAAUUUAAGGGACCUCCCUCUGUCGGAGGGCUCCGCGAGGUUCUGAGCCCUGAGUUUGCCAAUGUAAAACUUACUUUGGUGACAUUUAAUGUGAUUGAAUUAAAUUUGUUAAAUCAUUAAUUAAAAUUUAAAGUAAUUACGUUGAUGUAACUAAGCUAAUUUUUAGAAUGAUUAACUAAUACUUUUUUGACGUUAGUAACCGAAACCGUAACGCCAAUCGUCUCACGAAAUUUCUUAAGCCACACGAGUGAUGUUACGCGAAAAAAAAAAAAAGAAUAUUAUAAAAUCAAUACGAAGUUAUUAAUUCAGGAAAUUAUUUUCGGGUAUCAUUGAAAUGUCUCAGCCUGAAACGGUAUUACUCCAUCUUUAGUCCUGCCUGCUUGGUGCAACACCCGCGAGUUGUUUCUCAUACAUAGUUUUCGCUGUUGCUUCUGCACUACAACUAUUCAUCCGUUCCUCUCAUCAUUUAAUCAUACUUUGCGCGCGCUGUUUCAAUAGCGUGUGUGCGUCUAACAACAACAACAACAACAACAUAGAUGAAUGGAUGAUAAUGAUGAUGUGGGAUGUUUCCCUGCGUUGUGUGCGUCCAAACUGCAUCAGAUGUUAUUAUUUUUUUAAAUACAGUACCAGCAUCGAG